AUGAUCCAGAUGCAACGACCCAGACAUAAUGAGAAGAGGACCCACACUGCACACACCCCGAAGAGAUAUCCUCAAGCCCCUACUUUGAUUACACGCAAACUACCCUCACGGUACAUCCCCCCACCCGACACCAGCGACACCGAAAAGGCGCAACAAACAGGCAUA